AUGAAGUCCUUUUUCGUUGCUUCCCUGUUGGCGGCCGCCUCAUCGGUCCUUGCGGCCCCGGCUCCUAUUCCGGCUCCCACUCCUCCUGGUAUCCCCACCGCCGCCAACGCCAAGACGCAGCUCGCCAGCUUGACCGUCAAGGCCUACGUUGACGACGGCGGGUACAGCCGUGAUCUCUUCCCCCACUGGAUCACCAUCUCCGGCACUUGCAACACCCGCGAAACCGUCCUCAAGCGUGACGGCAGCAACGUCGUCACCAGCUCGGCCUGCGCCGCCACCAGCGGCACCUGGGUGUCUCCCUACGACGGCGGCGUCUGGACCGCCGCUUCCGACGUCGACAUCGACCACAUGGUUCCUCUCAAGAACGCCUGGGUGUCCGGUGCCAACGCCUGGACCACCAGCAAGCGCCAGCAGUUCGCCAACGAUCUCAACUCGCCCCAGCUGUGGGCCGUCACCGACAACGUUAAUCAAUCCAAGUCGGACAAGAGCCCCGAUGCCUGGAAGCCCCCUCUUGCCAGCUUCUACUGCACUUAUGCCAAGGCGUGGGUUCAGGUCAAGUAUACCUGGGCCUUGACCAUCACCAGCGCCGAGAAGACUGCUUUGACUAGCAUGUUGAACACUUGCUAG